UUUGUGUCACUGAGGUUGAUCUGAGGGGACGAUCGCAAACGUCAGAGUGAUAAAAGGAGACAUUUGGACUUAGUGAUGGAGGCAGCAGUGGAUCUACAACUCCUGUGUGUGUGACAGAGCGGUGAAAUGGCAGGAGUUCAGCUGCAGAGAGAAACCUUGUCUUGUUCCAUCUGUUUGGAUCUUCUGAAGGAUCCUGUGACUCUUUCCUGUGGACACAGCUUUUGUAAGAACUGUAUUAAAGACCACUGGGACUCAGAGGAGCAGAGGAGGAUCUACAGCUGCCCUCAGUGUAGAAAGAUCUUCACACCGAGGCCUAAACUGAAGAAAAACGUAAUUUUAGCAGAGGAGCGGAAGAAGACUCGACUCCACGCUGCUCCUGCUCAUCACUGCUAUGCUGGAGCUGAUUAUGUGGACUGUGAUGUCUGCACUGGCAGGAAACGUAAAGCUCACAAGUCCUGUUUGGUUUGUUUGGCCUCUUACUGUGAGGAACAUCUCCAGCCUCAUCAUCAAUCACCUGCAUUUAAGAAACACAAGCUGGUGGAGCCGUCCAAGAACCUCCAGGAGAACAUCUGCCCUCAUCACGAUAAGAUGAUGGACUUGUUUUGCCGCACUGAUCAGAAGUGUAUCUGUUAUCUCUGCUCUGUGGACGAACAUAAAGACCACGACACGGUCUCAGCUGCAGCAGAGAGGACGCACAAGCAGAGAGACCUGGAUCUGAGUCGAGAAGAAGUCCAGCAGAGACUCAGGGACAGAGACAGAGACAUGAAGGUGAUUCAACAGGAGAGGAAGACUCUCACUCUCUCUGCUGAUAAAGCCAUGAAGGACACAGACGAGAGCUUCACUGAGAUGAUGGGUCUCCUGCAGAAGAGAAGCUCUGACGUGAAGCAGCAGAUCAGAUCCAAGCUGGAAACUGAGGUGAGACGAGUCACAGACGCCGAGGAGAAGCUUCAGCAGGAGAUCACUGAGCUGAAGAAGAGAGAAGCUGAACUGAAGCAGCUCUCACUCACACAAGACCACAACCAGUUUCUCCUCAACUACCGCUCACUGUCAGCACUCAGUCCGUCCACACACUCGUCCAUCAUCAACGUCCGUCCUCUGAGACACUUUGAGGACGUGACGGUGGCUGUGGCAAAGGUCAAAGGUGAGGACGUCUCGUUAAGCUGGAGGCUGUCGCCUCAUUGGCUGCUUUCUAACGGGGUCAAAGGUGACGAGCGACGCCCCCUCACUGCUUCUCUUAAAGACAUAAAGAAUAUAAAGAACCCAGAGAAUCAGGAGAACCAGGAGGACCUGAAGAACAAGGAGAACCUGGAAUUCCAGGAGGACCCGAAGAACCCAGAGAACCUGAGAACCUGA